ACCACAACUGGCUACGCAUUGCCCAAAGUCAUCUCUGAAGAAGCCUUGACGACAGCGACAUCCAACGACGCACUGGAGUGUGCAGAUUGUCUGAAAGAUCAUAGAAGUGUUCAAAGAUUUGCUUGGUUUACGGGCCCUAUAGAAAAGGUUCCAUAA